AUGUCACAAUGGGAGCGCAAGCCAAGAAUUCCCUCUUUGAUGCCAGCAAAAUCGUCUCCGAAUAGCACGCCUAUUCCAACAGUUCCUUUUGUAGUGUUAUGCCUCGUUUGCUUUGGUGAAUUUAGUAGUGCAGGAGUUGCAGGUCCAUUUUUGUUCUUUCAAAUCGAAUCAUUCAACGUUGGGGGUGAAGGCGAAGUGGGCUAUUGGGCAGGAGUGGUAGCCUCAGUUUUCUUCUUUGCUCAAUUUUUAACUUCUUUACUAUGGGCAUCUAUCGCUCAAAAGCAUGGAAGACGUGCAGUUCUUUUGGUCUCUUUGGUUGGCAACUCGAUCUCUCUGAUCUUGUUUGGAAUGUCGACCAAUUUACGUAUGGCGAUCAGUGUUCGUCUAGCACAAGGUUUGUUCAACGGCGCUGUCGGAGUGGCUAAAGGUGCGGUACGUGAUCUUACGGAUGAGACAAACGAAGGUCGUGCUAUGGCUCAAUUGGGAUUUGCUUGGGGAAUGGGCGGUAUUGUUGGACCAUUGAUGGGCGGUCUUUUGUGCAAUCCGACGGAUAAAUUUCCAUGGCUUUUCGGCAAUAAUGAAUUUCUGAAGCAUUAUCCUUACGUUCUUCCUUGCUUAGUCGUUGCCUCUUUCACUGCGACUGGUGCAUUUUUGACGCUGUUCAUCGGCCCUGAUGGUGGGCCAAGGACGGGAGCUAUUCAUUUGCCGGAAAAGCCGGAUAUUGAACGUGCUGGCCAUCGUACUGCUUCAAAUUUAGGAAGCUUUGGACGAACUGCUAGCAAGAAGAUCAGUGGAUAUUUUAAAGGCGGACAAGAUGGCUCUCAUACCCCCACAACCCCCUUGGGUGAAUCGUUGGUCAGCUUGCGAGGUGCAGAAAUGGCGGGCCCAAGUUAUAGCAAUGACGGCUUACCACGAACCUUUACGCAGCAAGUAGAAGACGAAACUGGAGGUCCACCUUCUCCACACGAUUCGGAUGAGGAAGGCACAAUCAUCACCACGACCCGAGCCGGAACGUCUGGAUUUGAUGAUCAUCGUAGACCAGCUUUUGCGCGUAAUCGUCCGCGUCCGAUGUCAAGAACAACAGCACGACAUCGAAGUAUUCUUGGUGGUGGCUCUGCCUAUGGUUAUGAAGGCAAUGCGCCUCUUUCAAGCUAUACAGGAACGGGAGCGGGAGGAGGAGGAAGCGAAAAUCGAAGAAACUCAACGCAGCAGACGUCCACCGGUUUGAUCAAUAAUCGAACAAGCGUUUUAUCCACAACCCAAUAUGCCCCUGAUUUUGAACAAUUGGGUAAUGAAGGAUCAGAUGGAAAGCCCAGACAAUUGAGCUUUGCUCAACGAUUCCUAUUGGCAAAUGAUGAUGCUGUUUUAGGACUGUCGGACCUUUGGGUUGCUGCAGCUAUCAAUAAUGAUGAGACGUAUGCAGACGAUGAAGAUGAUGACUUCGGAUACGACUACGGAGAUGAGGAGGAUACGAUAGACAGAUCUCGUUUAGAAGAAGAGGAAGAAGAAAGAGAAGAGAUUGAUGAUAAUGAAGAUUCUCCCUUGAUGCCUCGCCAUUUACCUCCACUCAAUUUUGCACGUCGCCAUCGUCUGAACUCGACAGGAGCAAGCAGUCGAGGCUCGAGACCGUUUAUGACAAGAAGAGGAAGCAAUAAUAAUCGAAUUCCAAGUGUUUAUAGCAACACAGGCGUUGAAAGUGCACAAAUCGUUCAAGCAUUGCAAAGACCAAUGUCACCUGGAAUUCACUUUGCAGAAGAUGCAAACGGAUCUGGCAUUCAAGGCGCAGGUGCUACUGCUGGCUAUGAUCCAACUUUGGCAGGGAUUCCAGAAUCGGCAAGUGUUUCUGGAACGAUACGAAUAGAUAAAAAUGGUACGAAGUACGGACAAUACGGCGGAGGAGAUCGAUCGCAAAUUUCAUUAGCAGCAACGAGUGUGCAAAGACAACGUGCUAUUGAGGCUCAACAACAAUCUCUAUUACGACAAUUACCUCUAACUUUCAUCGCGCAUUAUGCUUUGUUAAGCCUUCAUUCUUCUACAUUUGAUCAGGUGUUUAUGGCUUAUCUCGUUACACCUUUCAAAUCUGGCGGUCUUGGCUUGACGGCAGCACAUUAUGCAGAAUUAAUUGCAGCUCUGGCAUUCUUUCAAAUUGGAUCCCAAUUCUACUUUUAUCCAAAAGUUGGACCGCCACAGGGAAAAUUUUCUCAUCUUUCAAUGAUGCGUUUAGGCACCAGCUUAUACUUGCCGGUUUACGUCUUGUUUGCUUCUUUGCGUGCAUUCUUGCAUCCAUCCACAGAUGCGAUUGUGAUGUCGUUUAUGAUCUUGUUUGCCUCUUUACGUUUAUUGGCUAAUACUUGCUCUUUCACAUCUGUGAGCAUUUUGAUGAAUGCUACUACACAACCACAUUUGGUUCCAUUGGCAAAUGGCUUAGCACAAACGACAAGUUCGGCGGCACGUUUUGUUGGUCCAUUGGUAGGCGGAAUGUUGUGGGCAAAAGGCGUUGAAGGUGGUUAUGAAACGCAUUCUUGGCCUUUUAACUAUCAUUUGGGAUUCUGGGUGGCUGGUUUGUUGGGAUUCUCUGGCUUUUUACAUUCUUGGCUGAUUCGCUGA